GUUUAUACGAGUCAACUCCGGUUAACUUUAGAUAUUCUUCAUGUUUAAAUGUUAAUAUUAGCUGUGAGAUAAAAGUUGACAGUUAAAUACUUACCAAUGUGAGGCCGUACGUGUUGGUUUAGUUUAUUUUUCUGCCCGCUAGAGAGCAGUAAUUCGUAUCUUUGAGAGGAAAAAUGACCGGAAAACGACGAAGUGAAUGAACAUCCGUGUUGUUAGCUUAGGUUAGCUCAUGUGUGCUAACUACGCAUGAUACUCUGCAGCUUCACUUUAAUCAGCAUUUCAGAGGUUUCAUGUUAUAGUUUAUAGAUGAUCUGAAGGGUUUCUGCCGCCAUGUAGAGCUGCAGACUGUCCUGUCCUGGUGUUUAUAUCCCUGUUAUCGUUUCAAUGGGGAAAAGGAAAGAAAUGAUACACCCCAGGUUUCUCGGUGAGGGCAGCUCUGCUCUCCACAGCGUCCACAAGCGGAAACACAAAAAGCACAAGAAGCACAAGAAGAAACACCACAGCUUCACCGAGGCCCCGGAGCCCGAGCCCGUUGUGGUCCCUCGGCCGCCCCCGCAGCUCCGACUCAAGAUCAAACUGGGAGGACAGACGCUGGGGACCAAGAGUGUUCCCACCUUCACCGUGCACCCCGGGGUGGCUCGCCCUCCCUCACCGCUGAUGAUCAUCGAUAACAACGAUGACGAUGACGACGAUGAUGACGACGACGACGAUGACGAGCCCUCUGUGCCUCUGGAGCAGUAUCGGGCCUGGCUGGAUGAAGACAGUAACCUGGCCACAUCUCCUCUACCAGACAUGGACUCGGACUCCAUGAUGGGCGGCCCCGUGGACGAGGAGGAGCGCUGGCUGGACGCUCUGGAGAAAGGAGAGCUGGACGACAACGGAGAGCUGAAGAAGGAGGUCGACGAGUCUCUGCUGACAGCCCGACAGAAAGCGCUGCUACACAAGCAGCAGAUCCAGCCCCUCCUGGAGCUCCCCAUGGGCUACAAGGAGAAGGAGAUGACGGCAGAGAUGAUGCAGAAGCGGGAGGAGCGAGCGCGGAAGAGACGCCUGCAGGCCGCCAAGAAGGCCGAGGACAGCAAGAACCAGACGAUAGAGAGACUGACAAAAACCAGCAAGGCCAAGAUCAAGAGCAUGAAGGAAAAGAAGUCCAGGCAGAGUCAGUGUCCCAUGGUCCGCUACAGCGACUCGGUCCAGGGGGUCUCCAUCUCCUUCCCCGCAGGAGUCACCGCUCCGGCCUCAGCGCCUCCCUGUCCUCAACCUCCGGCUCCUGCCAGCUGCGGAGUCAGCGGGUGCACAAACCUGAAGAGGUACUCCUGCUCUAAGACCGGGGUCCCUCUCUGUAGCCUCGAGUGCUACAAGAGGAACCUGCUGCUGGUCCAGAGUGUCGCAUGAACGGAGACGGCACGGACGCUCCGAAAAAAUGUAGAAAGUGGACGAAGAUGAUGAAGAGUAGACUGACGUGAGGAGAAUAAUUUAAGAUUUACACCUUAAAUAUGAAUCUUUUCAGGACUCUGAGGUGUGACGUGGAUUUUAGAGACUCAGCUGUUUGUUUUUGUUGCAACUCGUCUCAUUAAUUAUGUUUUUUUUUUCUCUGCAGUGAAAAUUAUGAACAUCGUAAAGUGUCUCAAACACACAAUAUUUAUAAUUUCUAGAGUUUGUUGAAGACAUGAUAUUAAUAUUUUUGUACCACUAUUGAGACGGUAACAGCUCAGAUUAUUUUUCAUUUUGUUAAUAAUGUAAAAAAUAAUAAUAAUAAUGCUUUAGAACUGACAAGCAUUAACGAGAAUGUUUUGAUUUGAAAGAAUAAAAGAAACAAUCUUUUUUUUUUUUAAUCUCACACAAUGUUCAUUUUUUAUAACAAGUGACGUCGUCGUAUAAAACUGUACAAACACACUUAAAUUAACAGAUGAAAUGUUUUUUCAUCGCUGUCGUCAUGGAGAUGCUUCUUCUUGUUUUUUUUUUUUAAAUGGGUCCAGCU